AUGACCAUCGUUCUCACGCCGUACUGGACCAACGGUCAACAAAAGCUCCGGGCUGAGCCUCUUCCUCCCGCCGCCCCUCCCGCCGGAUACUACCCCGCCGCGUUCGAUGAAGCAAUCCAUGCUCUACGGUGCCUGGCGCAACUGAGAUCGAAGGACAAGGGGAUUGAGAAGUACAUCUACCUCACUCAGCUUAAACAUGCGGACGAACGCAUGUUCUAUCGUUUGGUGCUAGAGCAUAUGGGUGAGAUCACGCCGCUCAUCUAUACGCCGACGGUUGGGGAUGCUUGCUUGCAGCACUCUCAGAACUUCCGUCGCCCUGAAGGUCUAUACAUCUCCAUUCGCGACAAGGGAAGGAUCGGUCAAGUCUUGCGUAACUGGCCUCGGAUCAAGGAUGCACGCAUCUCUGUCGUUACAGACGGUUCACGAAUUCUCGGAUUAGGCGACCUGGGCGUGAACGGGAUGCCCAUCUCGAUUGGAAAGUUGUCUCUUUACGUCGCUGGAGCCGGUAUCCGCCCCGAGUCGACAGUGCCGAUUUGCCUUGAUCUCGGGACGAACUCGAAAUACCUCGACGACCCUCUUUACCUUGGCCUCCGUCACAAGCGCGUCUCGCGUGACUUAUACACUGAGUUUAUGGACGAGUUCAUGCACGAGAUGAGCAAGACCUUCCCGAAACUCCUCGUGCAAUUCGAGGACUUCUCCACCGAUAGCGCUUUCCUGUAUCUGGAAAAGUACAGGAAUCGCUACCCCGUUUUCAACGAUGACAUCCAGGGGACUGGGGCCGUCGUGCUGUCCGGCUUCAUCAACGCUGCGAAGCUCUCCUCCGCCGCGUCCGGCAAGCCUUUGACUGCGCACCGGAUCCUUUUCCUUGGUUCUGGCUCGGCAGGUGUUGGAGUUGGCAUGCAGCUGUUGAGCUUCUUCCGCAUGCAAGGCCUCUCCGAAGACGAGGCGAGGAGCCGUAUCUACUACGUUGACUCGCGGGGCUUGAUCUUCGAUGCUCGCGGUCCGAUGGAGGAGCACAAGAAGUUCUUCUCGCGCAAGGACUAUAACGGACCGGCCAUGACCAACCUGUUGGAUAUCAUCAACUAUGUGAAGCCUACAGCCCUCAUGGGCCUCUCCACGACCAAGGGUGCUUUCACGCAAGACGUCGUCGAGUUCAUGGCGGCUUUGAACCCGCGCCCCAUCAUCUUCCCGUUGUCCAAUCCCGUACGCCUUUGCGAGCUUGACUUCCCCGACGCGGUCAAGUGGACCGAAGGGCGCGUACUCUUUGCAUCCGGCUCUCCUUAUGACGACGUCGAAUACAACGGGAAGCGUCAUGUCUGCCGACAGGGCAAUAACAUGUACAUCUUCCCAGGAUUGGGACUCGGUUCUAUUCUCGCUCGCGCCUCGUCGGUAACGGACGGAAUGGUGGAGGCCAGCUCAAUCGGCCUGGCGGAUGCCUUGUCCUCCGAUGAACGCAAGGCCGACUCUAUCUACCCCUCCCUUGAUCGCAUCCGCGAGAUUAGCGCCUUCAUUGCUCUACGUGUCAUCCGACAAGCACAGACAGAUCGCGUCGACCGCUCUACGGAUUUGCGCAGCAUGUCUGACAGCCAACUGCUCAAGUUUAUCAACGGUCGGAUGUGGAAGCCUUGA